AUGUUUGUGUGUAAAUGUUAUUGUUGCUAGUUUGUUAAUAUCAAAGAGAAAAAGUUUGCAUAAUUGAACCGGUUGUUGAGAACUGACCUUUAAUAUCAAAAUUGGAAAAAAGCUCUGAAAGCAAAGAUGGAGAAAGAACAAGUUGUCCCAGAUGUUAUAGAUCAAGUGCCUGAGCAUGUAGUUGAGGUGCAAUAUCCUGGAGGCGAAAAAGUAGAUUUUGGAAAUGAAUUGACACCAACACAAGUAAAGCCUCAACCCACUAUAACAUGGCCAGCCGAUUCAGAUUCCUAUUACACAGUUCUGAUGGUUGACCCAGAUGCACCAAGUAGAAAAGAACCAAAGUAUAGAGAAAUACUCCACUGGUCCGUAGGCAAUGUACUGGGAAAUGAUGUAGCCAAAGGUGAAACCUUUACUGAUUAUGUAGGCUCUGGAGCUCCAAAAGGAUCUGGAUUACACAGAUAUAUCUUUUUAAUUUAUAAACAAAAUGGAAAAAUUGAGUUCAAUGAACCAAGGAUAGACAAUCGGACCAAAACCGGCAGACUUAAUUUUUCGACAAGGAAAUAUGCAGAGAAGUACAACCUUGGUCAACCAAUCGCUGGAAACUUCUUCCAGGCCCAGUUUGACGAAUGGGUACUUGAAAUGGAAAGAACAAUUAAGGGUUAAAAAUUGUAUGCCGUUAUAAAAUUAUAAAAAAUAUAAAAAAUAAUAGAUCAUUUUUAUUGCC